AUGGAGAACAAUAAAGGUAUCGACCUUAUCGCUGGUGGCAAAGUCGUUGGCAAGAAAAACCGUACAAGUCCGAAAUCGGAAAAUGUGUACUUGAACCUUUUGGUUCGUUUGUACCGUUUCUUGGCUCGUCGUACGGACGCCAAGUUUAAUGACAUUGUACUUCGUCGUCUCUAUCAGAGCAACACGAAUCAAGCUCCUUUGUCUCUUGGCAAAGUCGCUCGUUUCAUGAAAAAACACGAGGGCAAGAUUGCGGUUGUCGUGGCUACUGUGACGGACGACAUUCGUCUCCUGACUGUCCCGAAGCUCACUGUUGUGGCUCUUAACUUCACUGAGACGGCUCGUGCUCGGAUUGUCAAGGCUGGCGGUGAGUGCCUGAGCUUUGACCAGCUGGCUCUGCGCUCUCCCAAGGGUACCAACACGGUGCUGCUGCGUGGUGCUCGUAAGGCCCGUGGAGUGUACGCUCAUUUUGGCCACAAGUCGACGCUUGAGUCGGUCCACACGCACGACCAUGUCAAGCCGUAUGUUCGCAGCAAAGGCCGCAAGUUCGAGCGUGCUCGUGGACGCAGGAAAUCGCGUGGCUUCAAGGUGUAA